UAAAUUGUAUGUCAACAUGUCCUGUCUAUUAGUCCAUUUUGAUAGUUACUCAGGAAGGUACUCAGUAAAGUUUCACAAUGGUUUUCACCAAAGUUUUUUUGUACUGUGUCGUUGUUUUGGCUACGGUAUAUCUGACGGUGACUGCUGAGGAGGAGGCGCACGAAGACCGAGGAUUCUUCAGCCUGUUCCCAUCGAUCGUGCCCUGUAACUACACUGAACAGAGAGGCAGCUCCUGCAUCAGCUGCAACCAAUCCCUGCUCUGCUUCAGCAACAACGUCGGCCUGCUCUGGAACUGCGGAGGUUUGCUCCCGAAUUGCAACCAAGGUCAUUGCUCCACAGUCAGACCUGACAACUGCACCAGCGCUUAAACAACGCGUUCUGAAAUAUUAUGGCAGGCGUGAAUUGUACAAAAUUUAAAUAAUAUGUUAAAUGUCGUUUAUUGAUUUGAUUGUGUUCAGAAGAUCUAUGUUAUCCGAUGUAAUUUUUUUUAAAUUUCUUUUUGUUCUGUUUUUUUAAGUCAUUUCUAAAUUAAAUGCAUUAAAUGAAAUUAA